CUAAUAACACGAAACUCAUUCAUUAGGGGAGUUUCCGAUCCCGCCGUCAAAACACUUUAUCUCGAGUAGCUUUCGAAAAGAUCUAGAUCAGUUUCACCAUUUUACAGAAAGAAAAAAAAGCCUAGAGAGGUGGUCGAUCAUGAAGUGUGGUCAAAUUCGAUCUGUGUUUUAAAAACAAGCGAAUUAGCAAUGUCCAAGCCCGUCAUGCUCGUCUGUCUACUAGUUAUACUUAUAGUCACCUCUCAGUUUGAAUGGAGACAACCACUCGUUGACCUUGAUUCACCCACCACUAUCUCUCAGAAACAGCAGCAAUUUUCAGACAAGGAAGAAGCUGUCAAAGAGAAGAUCAUCAUAUCGCAAGAGAGACAUAUCCAGAAGCUAAAUGAGCUUGUCAGGAGUCUUCAGUUGCAGUUGCUGCAAUGCAAGGGAGAUAAUGGGACCCAAAAUGCCACCAAAAGCUUUCAUUCAGAUAAACAAUUCAUUGAGGUCGAGAGGAAACAAAUCUUUCAAGGCUAAUCUCCCCUGCAAACAAUGAAACGAUACGUCAAAGAUAACUCACUCUUUAUAAUGUACUUAGGUGUUGUAUUGUGUUUAUGUUGAUGUUCAUAUUGAGAAGGCUUUCCCGAUACAUCAUAACGAGGCUGAAAAUUUUUAAUACAAAAUAUCAUAGCCUACUAUGAACUAUA